AUGCACAUGACACAAACCACAGACACACGAACUCCACCAGUAGGGACCAGAAACUACAGAACAAAGCGAGCUAAUAGUCGUAGUGGCCAGGACCUGAAGGGACGAGAGUCUCUCAAAAGGAACCCCAAUCGCAGUCGUCAAAUGCUAUUCGCCGACAAGAAGAAGAACAGAAUAACAACAACAAACGCUGGCAGCGGCUACUUCCGCGCCCUAUUGGUCCAACUACCUACAGGCGAGUCGUUUAUAAGCAACCUCUGUACCGUGUACCUUGUACCGAGACCGCUGUCACUGCGGAAAGAUGCGACGUUACUUCAUGUUAAGUUAGCAGCCCGUCUCAAGCUGCUGUGUGAGCUCAAUGAGCAGCGGAAGAGAGAUUUCUUCUGUGACUGCAGUAUAGUCGUUGAGGGACGGGUCUUCAAGGCCCAUCGCAACGUCCUAUUCGCCGGCAGCGGCUACUUCCGCGCCCUAUUGGUCCACUACCUACAGGACAGAGGUCAGCACCACAGCACGGCCUCUCUGGACAUCGUGACGGCCGAGGCCUUCUCCUUCAUCCUGGACUUCCUGUACUCGGGCCGACUGGACCUGCGCGGCGAGAACGUCAUCGAGGUGAUGUCAGCGGCCAGCUAUCUCCAGAUGACUGACGUGGUCUCCUUCUGUAAAGGCUACAUCCGCUCCUCUCUGGAGAUCUGUAAUAGGGAGAAAGAGAGGGAUAGAGAUAGGGAACGGGAGAAAGAGGAGAGAGGGGGUCCGACUGACAGUGGAACACCAGCCAUGCCACCUCCCUCUUCCAGAGCCUCUGUAGCUGUACCUGUACCGUCGCUGUCACUAGACGGAGAUGGAGUUACUCAUGUAAGUUUAGAGCCCUCCCCUUCCACGGUCACAGACCCCCCAUCCUCGGCAGCAGCCCUCCCCAGGGUCCCCACGCCCCCCGGCCCUAGCAGAGACUCUGAGAGCGACUGCAGCUCCAGAGGGGAGUUCCCAUCUCAUAUUAUUGGGGGCCUGACCCCSCACGGACACGGGGAACAUCUGAUGAACCCCCUUUCCCCCUCAACCUCUGGGUUGACCUUAGAGCUGGUGCGCCCCAAGAUCGAGUAUGACCCUGAUGACGAGCCUGAGGAYGGGUCCCCUGAUACCAAAGACCUGCCGUUGUUUAUGGUACCAUCCCUCCACCACCACCACAUCCAUGAAAGACUGGCAUCCUCCAGCCCUUCCCCCAACAACGAGCGCUCCUCCCUGGGCUUCGGGGGCUGCCACGCCAGGCAGUUCAUGGAUGUGCUGUUGAGAGGUGGCUCCAGCCCCCACAGGGACAGAGGGGAGCAGGGCCAGAUGUUUGCCCAGGGAAUGGGCCUCUGGGGUGGGGGKGGKAGGGUGGAUGAGGGWCUGGGGAUGGGUGGUUCCUCUAUUAUGGAGAUACAGAGCGACUGGUARGGAGAGGACACAGGAGAUGGCUUGUUAGUGCCGGUGAAGCUCCACAAGUGUCCGUUCUGCCCGUACACCGCCAAGCAGAAGGGCAUCCUGAAGAGACACAUCCGCUGUCACACUGGAGAGAGACCUUUCCCCUGUGAGACGUGUGGAAAGAGGUUCACACGCCAGGAACACCUCCGCAGCCACUCACUCAGCGUGCAUCAUUCCAGUUGGCCUGUGGUAUGUAAGGGGUGCAGACGAAGCUUCACUGGAGCCCUGUCCCACGGACUCAAACGCUUCGGCCUGUGUGACAACUGUACCCGGGUUACGACCACGGGUCACGACGACUCACCUCCCGCCCACAUCAACCUCGACGGCCAACCAGAGGCCAUGGAACGCGGGGACGGAGACAGUGAUUGGCCCAUCUUCAUGGAUGAUGCUGAUGACAUGGAGGCCGGGGGAGGGAUUAUAGAAGUGGGGGAGAAGGGGAAACCACACAGAUGAGUGUCAGAGACCCCAUCCACAGUGGACAUGGAGAGGAGACAAGGAAAGGAAGAAUUGAACUUUAGGAUUAAAACUGGGUCCGAUGUUUCCCUCUGUCUCCUCCCAGUGGUUUAAGAAGGGAACAAUACGAGACAGAGUUCCAUGUCAACCUUGUCUUGGCUACUGUUAUGAUCAAAAGAUGGUUAUGAACUGGAGUAAAUUAUGUUUAGCACGACCAUUAGAGGAUCGUGUUGUCGCGGAGGGGAAGACGUCGCGUUGUCCCGGGGAGGAAGGCGUCGCGUUGUCCCGGGGAGGAAGGCGUCGCGUUGUCCCGGGGAGGAAGGCGUCGCGUUGUCCCGGGGAGGAAGGCGUCGCGUUGUCGCCGGGGAGG